AUAUGAUAUCUGGGCGCUAUUUUUCUGUUAAAUAUAUGUAUGAUAUUGACAUUUUUUGAUAUCUCUGUGUGGAUGAUAAAAGGGCGGGUAAUCAAGCGUACGUUUUAUUUAAGAGUGAUCAUCUCCGGUAAGCGUCCCCUAAAUUGUCCUAAAAGAUGAUGAAACAAAUCGCUGCGGAAUGAGACGUGAGGUGAGUUUAGCUUUGCGACGAGAGUCUGAAAAACAUCUCUUCGACACGAGUUUUGCCGGCUUAUCUCUCCGGAUGGAUAGUCAAUCUCUCGAUUAUCGGUGGGUAAUUUCCGCGUGACAGUCGCGGCAGGAAGGAGCGCCAGGCGGAACCAGAUACACGGCGAGAAGAGGAGGCCCGUAUCCGUCGCGAUGCCCGCGCGUCGGUGUCCGGUCUCGUAUGCACGCGAUCGAAAAUAGCGCGCGGACGGGACAGACGUCGCGCGUUCCUCUCUUCCACCGAUCGCCGCAUAUCUCCCCCCUCUCGUUCCUCAUAACGGACGGCGAGCUAUCGUGACGCGACUCCCAUUCAUAAAUAGGGACGACGGCCACUUUAUCCGGCGCGACGGCCAUCUUGACUACGCGAUCGCGCGAGUUUCCGUCGUUUCGCGCGGCCGUCGACGCUCGCGAUCGUCUCGCUCCCGAGAAAUUGGCGGAGUAUUAAAUCACGCGCGAGAACGUCACGUUCGCCGUCGUCCGCGACGCGACGCCGCUGGGACGAAAGCCGCGGCCGAGCAGCGCGGUGGUCGGUACGCAGUGCACAGCUGAUCGGUGGCUCCGACGGACGGCAGCUGCUUGGCUCGUCGUCUCUCUCUCGAGAGAGAGAAAACGCGAACUCAGUGCGGAAAGAAAACGUAAAAGAGGUAAUUACAGAUAGAAAAGAAAACGUGAGUGAGAGACUGGAACGCGCGAGAGACCGUCAGUGCGGAUCGGCCGCGUGUACCGCGAUCGCGCGAUCGGUGACAGGUGAAAUCUCCGCGAGGGGCAAUAAAGAGAGUCUCCACGAGACGCGCGGGCACGCGGGAUCUUGUUGGCGAGCGACCGUUGCAGUGCUGGUCCCUUUCUGCCUCUGAUACGGACGAGGUGUAGGUGUUCGUGAAGAGGAAGAAGAGGAGGAGGAGGAGGAGGAGGAGGAGGAGGAAGUGCACACAACAACGUCGUGGCCCGUUCGUCGGACGUCUCCGAUGGUUGCCGUCCGGUAGGCCCUGCCAGGAGGAUGGGGGCCCACGAUGGGGGAGUGUCACUGCUCUAACAUCACUAUCAUGCAGCUGUUCCACGAGCUGAAGCAGCAGUUCCCCGCGCUCCCUGAUCACGUCGUCUCCCAGUGCAUCGCCCAGAACAGUCACGACCGGGAGACAUGCGCGAGAAGCCUGCGGGCCACUCAGGAGUCCCGUCCGUCACCGGGCGCGUUUCCACCCCCUGCCCCCUCUGUCGGGGUGCAGCCGUUACAGCCGCAGCAACCGCAAUCGCAACAACAACAACAACAACAGCUACAACGAGAGCAACAACUCCCGUCGCAGCAGCAUUGCUGUACGAUGAAUCAAACGGUCGCGAGCAACGUCAGCGUCGGGCGUCCCCAUCGACCGGCGUCGUUGGACAUCGGUAUGACCCGUCGCUACCCCCUCGUAGGCUGCACCCGCAACGCUGCGGCUGUCGCCGUGGCCGCGACGCCGGCAUCAUCCAGCGGCAUCGUCACCCCCUCGUCCGCGCCGGCUGCCUGCACGUCACGCGGUUUCUUCGACGACGGCUGCACCGUCAAUAGCAACAGCAACGGUAGCAACGCGCCGUCCGGCUUCGAGCUCAACGUCAACGUCGCCUGCAGUCCCGCGGGCAAUCGCGAUUUUCGAACGGUACCGACAAUCGGCGCCUGUAAACGAAGCGACCUCGUCGUCGUGCCGCGACCUCAUUACGCCGAGCCUCUGUUAGCCAUCGGAAAGUCUGAGGCGCAAAUCGAUCACACGCGAAGUUACACGUCGGUCAGCCUGACCCUCCGGCCGCCCUCCUCCGAGCCGCAACCCCCGAUCGAUAUCAGGUCAGAAGGAUCAAGCCUGACUUACUCGACCUCGUCCUUGGACCCGCGUGGCUUUCAGAGCCGCCUGCAGAUCAGCAUCGGUCCUGGAAACGUCGGUAGCGUGGCGGCGGCGAGAAUCAGACCGCCGAUGGCUAAGCCAUUCAUACUGCCGCCGUGGGCCCAAAGCCCACUACGGUCGCCUGAACUUCCGCCAGAAACGCCGAGCCAAUUGCCAAGGCCCACGACGACGAUGAGCGCGCCGAGUACACCCUCCAUACCUCCGCCGACGACGAAUGUCGGAGUCCCAGGUUGCAGCCUUCCGACGACGCCGCCGUCCGGACCCACGGCGAGCAGCGGCGUCGCGCCUCCUCUCGCCGUCGCUACCACCUCCACCUCCUCCCUCGGGGAUCACACAGCUUCCGAUCGGAAUCAAUCGCCGUUGUGCCAAGUGGAGGAGCACCAGAAGAAAUUAGUCGCCGAGCAGCUGGCUAGGAAGGAGAGGCUCGCCAGGGAGCUAAGGGUCGAGAAGGGACGACUCGAAGCGAUGAAGAAGGAGGUGCAGGCAUUAGCCCGACCGGUGGAUCCCUCGGUGUCGCCCCAAGAGCUGAAGAGAAAGCUGAGGAGCGAGAUAUACAUGCUGCAGGUCGAGUGCGACAGAUUGGCUGAUGAGGUCGAUCAAUGGUCAGACAGACGAGUACCAUUGGGCGAGACGAACGAGGAGUUUUAUCAGGGCAUUUAUACCGGCCAGUCGUUGCCGACGAGACUGCCGAACCAGUCGCAACCGCCGCCGCGUCUACCGAGUCAACCGCCGGCGUGGCGGCCGGAGCAGUCGACGACGAUCACGAGUGACAACGACCGGGAGGAGCGGGACGAGCCUUCGUGGGCCUGCACCAUGUGCACCUUCGACAAUCAUCCACUGAUGAACAAGUGCGAGGGGUGCGACAUGCCGAGACUGUUGAACCGCGGCAGUGCAGGGGAGACGCAAGAUAUUCAUAUACGAGUAACGCAUCACCAUAACUUUUCGCCACGGCAUAUAGUGCACAGUUGGGUGGUAUGAUGCGAACUGAAUUAGAAGUUUUUUCAAAGAGCUGUACAUACAUAUAAAAAAAGAAUUAUUAUUUAAAUUAAAUGAACAAAUUUUGUAGGAGCUAAGCGAUUGUAAUAGAACACAUAUGUGACUAAUGUAA